AGUUGAACGGAACUCGUUUCCACAAAUCGAACUGUCAAAACCGUGCAGCACGUUCGUAUUUACGUUAUUCGCGAAACGCCGCUUUCAUGGAAAUCUCACAGAAAAGUUGUGGCCAAAACUGAAUGUUGUGUACUUUGUAUUAGUUUCUGAUUGUAAUCUUCGUGCUCGGUGCUGCGUUGCGUGUACGUGCAAUCACUAUCAACCAGUUCGUGGUUAAUUGAAGGCAUUGAAAGGUUAGAAACAGGUCGCUUCGCUGUUGAAUAAUGGGCAGCAAGAACAAGAAUCGUAAAAAAUAUACCCAUCCCACAAAUGGGGAACCAAAGCCGGUAGAACUGGACGUAAAGACAGGCAUGAGGAAGCCGGCAAAGGAAGCUACCAACUCAAAAGCUAAAACAGUCUACCAAAUGCAGGGAGUAAAGGUAGAGUCGGCAACAAUGGAAAGUAAGAAAAAACAGGACAAAGAUGCUUGUCUUGCGUCUAAAUACACUCCAGUGAAUGGCAAUUCGAACGCGAAUAACGCGGCGGCGGAGGAAAAUGGAAAGGAAACGGCACGAGCGGAGAAGAAACGUUCGAAAAAACGGGCCAAAAAGCGCAAUGCUAACGUGAUGGAUGAGGAUUCGCUUGGAGGCAGUGCAUCGGACGUGUCUGCCAAGCGCGAUCCGACGGUAGAUGAUGGUUCUCCGGCGAAGCGAAGCCGUAAACUGGACAGCGAUUCCAGCGACACCCGCAACAACAAUGGAAAAUGCAGCAAAAGCCCAAUCGCCAACGAUUCAUCUAAGAAGAAAAAUAUCGUCGGAAAGGUUGCUUCAGGUGCGAAAGUUAACCCCAAAGCGGCACAUUCUGCUGGCAAACCGUCUGGCGAGGAUCCGGUACCGCACAAAGUGCCAGUCCUGCAGUGCGUCGGUAUGGAAGAUGGUGCCACGAGCGACUCUAACACUGACAGCGAUGAGGACGACUACAUUGAACAGUUUUUCGACGAACAGCCGGAAGCGAAAGAGAAAAAAGGGUCUCAGAGCAACAAACCGAAAAAACGGGCAAAGAAAGCGACCGCACAAAACGUAAGCCCAGGAGGGUGGGUGGUGGAGAACAACGAUUGUAGUCUGGAGUAUGGGCCCAGUUCGGACGAGGAACCUACUGGCAAACCGUCCGCCUCUCGGGCGACAGAAAGUCCAAAGAAGGUGGUGGCGUUCAAGCGAAAGGAACCCCCGGCGGAAGCCCAAGAGAUCGAUGAGGAUGACGACGACGACGAUGACGAUUAUGACACGUUCGAUUCAGAGGAAGAUGACUCCGAUUGGACCGACGACGAUGAAGAUCCAGAGGUCACUGAGUUCUAUGACAAUAUCUACGAUAUGUCCAAUGAAUCAGAGUACGAUGAUUACCUCCAAAAGGGAUACGAUAGCGACAGCUUCGACGGGAACAUGAACGGAGCCGAUAGCUACGAUGACGACUAUGAAUCGAGUGCCGACGAAUGUCGCUCGCCCAGAAACAGCUACAGUCGAUUUACCAGCGGCCAGCCGUAUGAAACGGACAGUGAUGAUGAGGAUUACGAACCGCCGGAAGGUGACGAUACCGUUUAUAUUCCACGUGGGGCGGCCGUUCUUCGCGAUCUGGACGAUGAUUCCAUAGUCCACUUUGAUGCGUCGGGCAAAUACGCGCAGAUAGUAGAGCUUCCGGCUGAUUACGGCAUGGAGAAGGAGGGAAGCGACCUCGAUCAAUCGGAUAAGCAGGGAGAAAAACAGGAGGAGCGGAAAAGCGAAAAUGUUGUCCAAGAAGAGGCAGAGGCCGUGGACGAUGAAGCGGAGAGUGACCGAUCAUGUUCACCCUUGCUGGAGAUAAGCCCCAAACCAACGACGUACACCUUUUACGAUGCAGUUGAUCUGCGAAUGUCGCUAGUGGUGCUGAAGGCUCCGCUCUACAUCCACGGCCACCUGUCCGUGCAGGCACUGUUCGGCAAGGUGGACAUUUUCGGCUAUCAGCUGGAUAUGGCCGAGAAGCGUACAGUGUUUGCUUCCGGCGGUUACAACGCGCUCAAUCUGACACCGCUCCCCAGCCCGGACACGUACAGCACGGCGACGUUUGAGCGCAUCCUGAACAAGCUGAGCCGCCACUUCGUCGAGGCGGACAUGCGGGAGCUGGUGCGCGAGUUCAACCCGGCGGACAGUGCGCUGGUGCUGCUGCGGGCGGACUCGUUCGAUGCGAACGACACCGUACCGAUGGUGUGCAGGCUCCUGCCCGAGUUCGAUCUGUUCCCGACGGCGCUUACGCUUAACCAAACCAGCUCACCGUUCCGUACGACGGAAACCCUGCUGGAGGUGGCGAUGUUCGUGCCCAGUCAGCCCACCGCCCGCAGUGCUGUGCCACAGUUUCAGCCGAAUCCGGUCUGGGACACGGUGCCCGUGAGCGCGAACAGUCGGCUGAUGGUGGUGGGGGGUAAAAGUUCCGGCAAGUCCACCCUCUGCCAGUAUCUGAUCAACCGGUACAUUAAGCAGUUUGGUCGGGUGCUGCUGCUCGAUCUCGACAUUGGCCAGCCGUUGCUGUUUGUGCCGGAAACGUUGAGCGUUAGCGUGCUGGAGGAACCGAUCCUGGGGGUGGGCUGCUUUGCCAAUGCGCAGCCGCGCCAGUGCAAGCUGUUUGGCAGCUUGAAUGUCGUCUCCUCGCCGCUGGUAUACGUGCAGAACGUUCGGUCGCUGGUGCAGUACUGCAACGAGGACCCAGCCCUGCAAGACAUCCCGUGGAUUAUCAACACGAUGGGCUAUGUGGUCGGGUUCGGCGAGGAGCUGACGAUGGCGAUCGUGCGCCUGCUGCAGCCGACCGAUCUAAUUCAGCUGUCGUUUCCUAAGAACGGCAAAAAAUCGUCCACUCCCUUUUUGAAGCCGGAAAACUACGCCAACCAGCUGACCGCCGAGCUGGUGAACGGGUUCAACUUUAACAUUCUCAGGGAGGAGGUGCAGCUGCAAUCGGCACCGGCCAACUAUCGCUUCCAUCCGAUCGAUGUCGUGUACGAACCGAACAAAACCUCCUUUUUGCCGCCGAAACGGCGCACGAUCGCGAUGAUGGCACAGCUGGCAAGGAUUUUGAGCGAUACGGCCGAAACGUUCACCGACGUGAAGCCGCACAUGGCUCAUUUGGAUGAUCUGAGUAUUAUAAGCACGGGCGAAGAUUGCACCUCGAAGGAGAUGAUGAAGCGUGCGCUAAACGGUACGUUGGUGUACCUUUGCGAAAAGCUUGCAGCUGACCAGUACAAUUGUUUCGGUGUUGGAAUUGUGCGCAGCGUCGAUGAGAAGGAAAACAACGUGUACCUGCUGCACUCUCUUUCAUCGGAACAGCUGGCCAAAACGAAUGUGCUAGCGAUGGGCAGUACUAGCCUUCCGAGCCAGGUAUACCUGCACUGCAGUCCCAAGAUCGAGGGUACGAUUCCGUACCUUCAGAACAUGUCGAUCGUACAGGUGCAGGCCUAAGGAUAAACUGUUUUCGUAAAUCUCUACUUCCGCGUCUCUGUUCGUUUCACGUUGUCAAUAUUAAUUUUAUUUAGCUACUGAGCUGAGUUGAAAAGUAAAUUGAUAGCAAACAGUUGCAGAAGCUAACUAAUAGCUGUGUGUACAGGUAUUGAGGAACUGAAAAUUAAAUAGAUUUCAUAUUGGCAGUGAUUAUUGUAUUGAAAUUUAAAACAUAAAGAUUCACACAUCAAAUGCUGGAAGGUAAUAAUAUUUUUUGCAAUGGCGUAGAAUUGUUUCCUGUCCAAUUGAUUGCUUUUUUAGACUUUCUCGGCAUUAUUGGACAUUAUUCUAUGUACGAACAUUCGUCAAAUGAAGAAUUACUUUAAAUAGCGAAUAAUUUAAAAUCAUCGAGAAAUUUAAAUUAUCAAUCGUUUCAUGCAUAAUACUUCAUCCCAAAAUGCUAUUGCACAACGUCCUCUACACAUGGUAGCAUAAUCCAGGAAACAAGAAACAGCAAAACGGCUAAAUUUAAUUGAAAAAAAACCUCUUAAUAUUUAUACAACGCAAGUGAGAGGGACGAAUUGCGGAAUCAAAACAAUUUGAUUGUGUAUAUUUGAGCCAAAAAUUGAAGAGAAAGAUACAAUAGAUUUACAAUACAGCGGAAUGAGCUCAAUUCAAAACAGUUGAAAGAGAAUUAUUAUGGUGAAAUACGUUUUUUUAAUUAAAUUUGGCAAUUCCAAUUGACAUCAUACCGUAAAGGAAGGAAUAAAAGAAAACAGUUUUUAAAAAACCAACGGAAAUUGCCUCUCCAGUUGAUUUUGUUUCUCUUCGACGCUAAGAUUGAGAUUCGUUUCUGUCAUCUAUUAUCAGCUGGUUUUACAGCAAAACUUAAAAAAAAACAAGUUCUUUUUUUAAUUUUUAGUAUAUUUUUUUCUGUUUGUUUUUAUUAAAAAAUGUACAAUUUGGUUAUCGAUUUUCUUCUUUCUUCGACGUUUAUUUUUCCAUUCUCCCGCCCGCCGCCCUCUCUUUUGCGUUUCUUAUCCCGUUCGCGGCAUUUCGAUUCUUGAACGUCCAAUUUAGAAUUAAUAGGGUUGCACAUUCUUGCAUUCCGUCUCUUCUCGCACCAGACGAGCUCGAUGCCCUAAGUUUUCUUGCUUUUCAUGAAAAUGUUGUGUGUUUCUGUGUGUAUGUGUACGUUUCCACACGACCGAUCCAGCAGUUAGACUUCGUCUCUUCGCUUUUCGCGCUCCGUCGUCUCCGUGCGCUCAAUGCAUCCAAUUAAAUAUAUAUAUAUUUAUAUGUAUAUAUACCUUUUUAUGUAUAGUACUUACUCCUCUCGUUCGCAUUCCCUUAUCCGUAACUUGUUUGCUUUCGUGUCCUUACACUAACUUUUCUCCCCCUUUUGCUUUUCACAUACACACACACGCAAACUUCCUCAACUCUAGUUUUAUGGCUUAACUUGCUCUUCCUAUCCGAACGGCUCGCGUUUGCUAAUCUGUUGGCAUUUGUUCCUCCCUAGUGCGGAGCGGGGUUCCGUUGUGCUUGCUUUUGCUUAUACCCACCCCUUCUUCUUCUGGCUACUGCGGCGCUUCAUGCACAUGCCCAUGUUUCGAAAGUUCAGUCACGUACAUCUGAAGUUUAGCUUUUUUUCCAUACCCACUAUGCACCCGGAGCGUUCGCACAUGAUAGCGACAUCCGGCCAGUUUGUAACGAACAAACAAAAAAAAAAGUCGCUCCACCUUCCCCAUUCGGCUUAGCUAUAUAGUUGUGUAAAUUUUGCUAUAUUGCAUGCACGUGUGCACAUUUUUUACGCGAUUUAUGCAGUCGAGCUGUUAGCGUUCUGCAAUGUGCUAACGUGUCCACUGCGCCGGUGUGAUUUGUCAAUGAGUCCUAUCCGAAGGAUGGAAAAGGGGUUGCUUUACACACACUCUGGGGUUGAAUUGAACUAGGAUUAUGUACGUUAUGUUACUUUUUUCCAAUUUCUGAUGGUUUGCCGAGAUGAAACGCAUGCUUCUAUGAGAGUAUGAAUAUGAAUGCGAUUUUUUCCUCUUUUUAAAUGCAAUAUGCACUUUGAUCGGUAUUUUACAAAAAAAAAAAACAAA